AUGUCCAUCGAUCCUGCAGCCAGCACCAUGCGCGCAAAGGAGCGCCUUCUCGACACUGUUCGCAUCAUCAACGACGAAGCACAGAUCCCGGUGAACAAGCUUGAGCCAAGCAACAAUGUAGCCUACGACAGCGAAAAGGACCCUAGAGCCAAGACGAGGGAGAACCUGAAGAGAGCACAUCUCAUCUCCGAGCCCGAGACAUACAGCUGGCGGGUGGACAGGACCCGCUCUACGGACCGUGCCGCCAUUCGAUACGACUGCCAGUACCCGUUCCUUCUUCGAGAGCGAGGGACCGAAUAUGAUUAA